AGAAAAGAAAUUGAGAGGAAAACAAGCAAACAAAAUGAAUGUGAAUGUUAUCUUAUUAGCCCAUAUUUUUUUCUUCUUCAUGUGGACAAUGUGUUUUGCCCAAAAUACCCCUGAAGACUUCCUUUCAGUUCACAAUGAGGCUCGUGAAGAGGUUGGUGUGGGUCCACUCUCAUGGAACCACACACUUGAAGCCUACGCUCAGCGCUACGCCAACGAGAGGAUCCCGGACUGCAACCUGGAACACUCCAUGGGGCCUUACGGCGAGAACAUCGCGGAAGGCUACGGCGACAUGAAGGGGUCUGACGCCGUGAAGUUUUGGCUGACGGAGAAGCCAAACUAUGACUACCACUCAAACUCAUGCGUUAACGAUGAGUGCCUGCAUUACACUCAGAUAGUGUGGCGUGAUUCGGUUCAUGUUGGGUGCGCAAGAGCUAAGUGUAACAACCAUUGGGAGUUCGUUAUCUGCAGCUAUGACCCACCCGGCAACAUUGAAGGCCAACGUCCCUAUUGAUUAAUCCAUUGCUCACUAUUCAUCUCAAAAUAAUAUCAAGUAUAUGUCACUAAAUGAAGGUGAAAAUUUAGGUUUAGUCAAUUUCAAGUCAAGUUGAUAAUGGAGAGUCGUAAAAAUUUAUUCAAAUUAUUCAACUUAUUUAACGAUCCUCAACUAUCAAUUUUACGUUCUGAAUUUUUACCCUAAAUCAAUUAUCCAUGCUGUCUAUAUUGAUAUAUAAUGUGUGGGGAUAAAACGGGUUGAAUCGUGUUCUAAUAUUAAAUGGAUUCUGCUAGGUUUGUACAAUGUGUACAAUGUGUUAUUAAGUUACAAAAUGAACAUCUUCUAUACUCUCUAG